ACUUGUAAGAUUAUUUGAAUAUCUUCUAUGGUAGAGUGAAAAGAACUUGAUCAUUACUUGAUUAGUAUUAGGAUCUAGUGUACAUACAUAUUGAGUGUUUCUUGAGUUUUUUUUAUUAAUUGGUAGCCUAUAUUGAUAUGGAAAAAUUGUUUCCAGAUGAUUGGUGUUUGGGUUUUCAAUGAAUGGUAUAAAUUAGGUUCACCAAGACCCCUACAGCUAGUGGAACUGGGACCAGGACGCGGAACUCUAAUGCAAGAUGUCUUGCGGGUGCUGAAGCAACUUGGUUUAUCAAGCACAGAUGUCAGCAUCCAUUUAGUGGAAGUUUCACCAGAACUUAGCCAGACACAGGAACAGAAAUUAUGUGGUACAAGUUCACCAUACAUUGAAAACCCAGAAGAUGGAGAUUAUUUCAGGAAAAACAUUACUACUGACGGGUCAUCAAUAUUUUGGUAUAGACAUCUCACGAGUGUUCCAAGGGGGUUCACCAUGUUUCUUGCCAAUGAGUUCUUUGAUGCUUUGCCUGUUUCAAACAAAUUCCGAAAAACAGAUAAUGGAUGGCGGGAAGUUUUGAUAGAUAUAGAUGAAGGUGACGGGCCACAUCACCUGCGUUAUUUGCUGUCAAGGGAAGGGACUCCAGCUUCAAAAGUAUUUAUAAAGUCUGGUGAAACAAGAGAUGAUUUUGAAGUGAGCCCUGAAACUGCUGUAUUUUGUAGUGAGUUAGCAAUGCGAAUUGAAGCCGAUGGUGGAGCAGCUCUCAUUAUGGAUUAUGGUCACAAUGGGAAGUCGUGCAAUACUUUUAGGGCCUUCAAAAAUCACAGCCUACAUGACCCUCUUUGUGAACCAGGAACUGCAGAUCUUACUGCUGACGUAGACUUUGGUUUUAUGAAAGAACAAGUGGAUGAAAGGUUAAUUACUUUUGGACCUGUAACUCAGUCAUUCUUUCUGAUUAAUAUGGGCAUGGAACAGCGAUUGCACAGAUUACUCAGAACCUGUAAAGAGGAGGAACGAAAAAACCUAAUUUCUGGUUACAAGAUGUUAACGGACCCAAGCAAAUGGGGGAGAGAUUCAAAUUUUGCCAUGUUCCUGAGUUGUCAAUCUUUUCUGGUUAAGUAUCCUCCAGCUGGGUUUUAUGUUGACUUGGAUAAAGAGUAAUGUUGUUGUUGUAUAUACUAUUGUAAAAAGUGUAAAUGGAAUAGUACAAAAUUUUUUUAAUAAAAUUUGAAUCUCACUUGAAGUUAGUGUACUUGAGUGUAUAAACUUUCUCUUUUCAAUGGAUUUUUAGACUCAUACUCUUAUCUCCUCCCAUACUUAACCAGUACAGGUAGCCCUCGGUUAACGGCUAUCCGGUUUUACGGCGCUUGUCUAGCGACGAUGUUAAUUGGAUUUUUGGUGCUAAUCUCUGGUUAGCAGCGCUGAUAUCUGGUUAGCAGCGCCAAUCUCUAAUUAACAGCAGCGCCAGUCUCUGGUUAAUGGUGCCGAUAUUCGGUUAGCGGCACUGUUAAGCAGGUUUUUAGUGCUGUUAUUGCUGAUUUUCAGUUAGCAGCAUUGGCCAGGAACAGAACCCUCCGCUGUUAACCGAGGGCUGCCUGUAUUUGAUUGUAAUUUAUAGGCAAAUACUUAUUCUCAUAUCUUUAACUAGAUUUGCUGUAGAAUGUAGUACUACAGUGUCAGAUAAAGUGCAGUAUUAUCCAAAAACUAAGCCAUUUCUUGACUGCCUCCAUGUGAGGUACCGUAUAUACUCGCAUAUUAUACGACUUUUGAAACCUAAUUUUGAAGCUAAUUUUAAAGGGGUCGCAUCAUGCACAUGUUAUAAAAUUAGCGUACCGUCUAUGCUUUCCAAAAUCGGCCGAUUGCGAUAGUUACUACUGGAGGAAAAUAGUAGAUCUUUUAAAAAGCUAUGCUUUACUUGUACUUCACUAUAUCCAAUAAUAUUACAGUGGUACCUCGAGAUACGAAAUUAAUCCGUUCCGAGACGGCCUUCGUAUCAAGAGUUUUUCGUAUCUUGGAACACAUUUUACAUGUAAAAUGGCUAAUCCGUUCCAAGCCCUCCAAAAAGACCCCAGUAAAUUAUAUUUCCUGGCCUAAAACACAUGUUCUAGGGUUACGACGGAAGAAAUAUGACUCCAAAAAGGCAAAAUACUGUACAUACUUGAGUAAUAUUCAACUGCAUAUAAUGUUCAACCCCAUUUUUACUGCAUAUAUUAGUACUUUAGCAUACUAAGUCCCUUAGCAAUAAGCCUAGCCUAUGUUAGCGGUUGCUACUGUAGCCUAGUCUAUGAUUCUGACAUCUAAACCUAAGAGCUAAAAGCUUAGAAUAUGCCAAUAAAAUGUAUAAAUAAU